AUGGCCACAACCUUCCCAGGCACCGCCCUCGUAACCGGCGCAGCAGGAGGAAAGACCACCACCAUCGUUUCUAGAUGCUACUGUAAUAGACUAACAAAUCCAGGAAUCGGCGCAGCAACAGCCAUCGCCUUCGCCAAAGCCGGCUGCACCCGAAUCGCAAUAACAGACAUCCAGCCAUCCGCUCUCGAACAAACCCGGCAAGAAAUCCUAUCCACCAGCAGCACAACAGAAGGCUCUAUAAAUGUGAUCGCCAUCCCGGGGGACAUAACAUCCGAGUCCUUCAUAGAAACAACUCUCAUAGCCGACGCAUUCACCGCAUUCGGCCGGCUAGACUACGUGGUGAACUGCGCGGGGGUGCUGCAGAACGAGUUCGCGCGGUCGACGGACGUUUCGGCGCAGCAGUUUGAUUUUAUCAAUUCGGUGAAUUAUCGCGGGGCGUGGCUUGUUUCGCGCGCGGCCUUGAGGAGGAUGCUUACCCAGGAGCCACUUACGGAUGGAAAUGGAAAUGAAGAAGGUGGGGAGAGUUGGAGACCGAAACAGCGCGGGUCGAUUGUCAAUAUUGCGAGUCAGCUCGGUGUUGUUUCGAGGGCUGGGGCUGCCGCGUACUGCGCCUCCAAAGCCGCGGUGAUAGGCCUGACGAGAGCUGACGCGAUUGAUUUCUCGAAAGACCUGAUCCGGGUGAACUGUGUCUGUCCCGGUGUUAUUGAUACGAAUAUGACGACCAGUUCUCCGGAGAGGGUUGAGGCGAUGGCGCCGGCUGUCAAGAUUGCGCCGAUGGGCAGGAUGGGGGAUCCGAGGGAGGUAGCGGACGCAGUUCUGUUUUUGAGUUCAUCCAGGGCGUCGUUUGUUCAGGGGCAUGCGUUGGUUGUUGAUGGGGGGUAUGUGAUUAAUUGA